AUGUGCACAUUCAUUGUCUUUCUAGGCGCCUGCAUCGGACUUGCAGAGACGAAGAACUACGCGACACUUAUUGUUCUCCGAUGUCUCCAAAGUACAGGAAGCGCUAGCACGAUUGCAAUUGGAUCUGGCGUUAUUAGCGAUAUCACCACUCGGGCCGAGCGAGGUGGCUACAUGGGAAUCUUCCAAGCUGGCCUGCUCGUCCCCGUUGCCGUCGGUCCCGUAAUUGGAGGUGCAAUUGCUGGGUCCUUGGGAUGGAAGGCAAUCUUUUGGUUCCUAACCAUUUACAGCGGCGCUUUCCUCUGCUUUCUCAUCGUAUUUCUGCCAGAGACUCUUCGAUCGAUCGUUGGCAAUGGGGCCCUGAAGUCUUCCAACCCACUGGUGAAGUUUCCGCUGGAUAUAUAUCAGAAAACGACCAAGGUCGAUUGGGAGCAUAUUCUGGAUGGCCAAUCGCAGCGCGUAGCGAAGAAAAAGAUUGAUGUUUUGGGCCCGCUCCGUAUACUCAUCAGUAACCACGCGGCACCGAUUAUUAUUUUCCUCGCUGUUUAUUAUGCCGUAUGGCAGAUGAGCAUCACAGCGAUGUCCUCCCUUUUCGAAAGCCGCUAUGGUUUGUCCGAGAUGCAAAUUGGUUUGACGUUCAUCGCGAACGGUGUCGGAUCCAUGAUUGGAACACUCAUUACUGGUAAAAUUCUCGAUGCCGACUAUCGUCGGGUGAAGGCCAGGUACGAGGCUUCACUUGAUUCAGAGCAGAGGGAGGAUACCACUGCUGCUACACGCGAAGAGAACUUUCCCCUCGAGAAGGCCCGCCUUCGACUUGUGCCGAUCUUCUCCAUCCUUCAGUGCCUUUCUAUCAUCUUGUUUGGUUGGACAAUUAAUUAUUCCCGCAAGGUACACAUCGCUGUGCCUAUCGUCUCGACCUUUAUCACGGGCUGGACUGCUGUCUCCACACAGUCUCUUAUCAUGACUUAUCUUGUUGAUGUUUUCCCCGAUAGAAGCGCUGCGGCUAGUGCGAGUUUGAACCUUGCACGGUGUCUCUUUGCUGCGGGAGGUACAAGCUUCAUCAUGCCUCUUAUCAAUAGUGUUGGGGUUGGGGUGGCGUUUACCAUUUGCGUCGCUGUCCAGCUGCUCGCAUUGGUAGGACCUUUGAUUCAGUGGAGGUUUGCCGCUGGGUGGAGAAGAAAGGAGAGGGAGCGGGAUGCCCAAAGGGCGGACGUGAAGAACUAA